CCUUUGUCAAUUUAAUAAAUUUAUUGUUAUUAAAUAUCCGCGUGCAUUUCAAUAUCUAGAACAACCCUUUAUUCAAUGAAGAAAUUGAAGAAGAAAUAAAAAUUCGUGAGGCAUUGAAUCCAUGAAAUACAAAAUACAUGAAAAAUGAGAAUAUCGGUAAUAAUUGCAUGAAUAAUUAGAAAACGUAAAAACAUUUGUAAAAAGGAAGUAGAAAUUUCUUCUUUGCAUGGUACACUCGUUGCCAUGGACAACAGCGUCUAGCUCAUGACUGGCUGCAGCUGCAGUGUGCCUGCAAGGUUGGAAUGGGAUGGAGUUUCUCGUGUGUGUGAUGUGGAACACGUACCUAUGACGAAAUUCCCCUCGGAAAUGUCAGCUGAGCGCACACGUUUCGUUAUUUUCUGAAUGAAGUGAGGAAUGUCACGACUUUACGCCUCAGCCCUGCGGUCUUUUGGCUCCAGGAGUCCAAGUGCCAUCCUCAGGAGAUUCAUCAUUCGAGACGUCGAGAGGAAUUCCCUCUGGAAUUCAGGGAGAGGUUAUGAGGCAUCCAGUGUUUUUCUCAGGCAGUUCAAUUCACCUGAUGACAUCCACAGGGAAAAUUAUGCUUUGACAGCUGUCCAGAAGGGGCAUCAUCACAGGGGCAAUCGGAGAAAUUGGAGGGAUCAGGGAUUCUGGAGUUUCAGGUUUUUACUUGGUGGAAUUGGACUGACCAUCGCACUUUGUGAUGCUCCCUAUUUCACCAAAGGUCAGGAAAAAAGAUUCUUCAGAGCAGCUCAAUACGGAAAUAUCCCUGACCUGAAGAAGUCAAUAUCUGAAGGAAUUGAUCCGGACUCCAGGCAUCCCCUGGGAUGGACAGCUCUGCAUUCCGCUGCGAUAAAUGGAAAGACAGAGGCUUUAAAAUUUUUGAUAACUAGUGGGGCUGACGUCAAUGCUGGAGACGAAUUCGUCAAUGUUUAUAAAACAGCAAUUGAGAAAGGAUUGCAUUCCCUUGAUGUUCUGACAAAACGUGAGGAAGAGUUCUCGGAUCGCCUGAACAACCGAGCGACCUUCAAAGGCUUUACCGCCCUGCAUUACGCCGUCCUGGCGGAUUCGUUAUCCUGCGUGAAGAUCCUCUUAGAGGCUGGAGCAAAUCCCACAAUCGAGAAUGACACGGGUCACCGAGCAGUGGAAUACGCACGAGACGACGAGAUAAAGGAUCUGUUGACAAAACAAUCACACAAAUACGAUGAACUCAUGAAGGAGAAAGAGGCAGAGGAACGUCGGAGGUUUCCCCUGGAGAAGAGGCUGAAGGAGCAUAUCGUGGGCCAGGAGGGACCCAUAUCUGUGGUUGCCUCGACAAUCAGGAGAAAGGAGAAUGGAUGGAUCGACGAGGAACAUCCACUCGUCUUCCUCUUUCUGGGGUCUUCUGGCAUUGGAAAAACAGAACUGGCCAAGCAAUUAGCUGCCUAUAUCCAUAAAAACAAACCCGAUGGCUUCAUUCGCCUCGACAUGUCUGAGUAUCAGGAGAAGCACGAGGUGGCGAAGCUCAUUGGAGCUCCUCCUGGUUAUGUAGGGCAUGAUGAUGGUGGACAGUUGACGAAGCUCUUGAAGAAGAAGCCCAAUGCCGUGGUGCUGUUUGACGAAGUCGACAAGGCACACCCUGACGUCCUCACUGUUCUCCUCCAAUUAUUCGACGAGGGGAGGCUGACUGAUGGCAAAGGUAAGACGAUCGAGUGCAAGAAUGCCAUUUUCAUAAUGACAUCGAAUCUAGCCAGUGAAGAAAUAGCAGAGCACGCCAUUCAACUGAGAGCUGAGGCUGAACGUCUGCUGAAUCAGAGGCUCGAUAAGAGUGAGAGUGAGGACCAAACACCGGAGCAAAUCGUCAUAUCGAGAAAUUUCAAAGACGAAGUUGUGCGUCCUAUUCUGAAAGCUCAUUUUCGUCGGGAUGAAUUCCUGGGGCGUAUCAAUGAGAUUGUUUACUUUCUACCGUUUUCUCGGGCUGAAUUGAUAAAACUUGUUGCACGAGAAUUGGAUGCAUGGGCGAAGAGGGCUCGGGAGAGACACAUGAUCGAAUUAAGGUGGGAUAGAGAGGUACUCUCAGCACUUGCCGAUGGGUAUGAUGUUCAUUACGGUGCACGAUCCAUUAAGUACGAAGUCGAGAGGAGAGUUGUCAAUCAACUGGCGGCUGCACAUGAACGGGGACAGAUCACGAAAAAGUGUUGUGUGAAAUUAAAAGCAAAAUGGCAAGAGAGUGGAGUCUCGAUAGGACUCUCUGUGCGUCCAGCUGGAGUCAAGGAUUUCGUGGACAUCGAUGAGACAGACAAUGUCAUAAAAAACGUAAAUUCUAAAUUUGAAUUCUGAAUGAAUUGGACUCGAUGCGAAUAAAUGUGUAAAAAAUCUCCGAACGCUUGACUUUUUCUCAAUGAUAAUUCAGGGACUAGAAAUAGAUUAUGUUUGAACAGGUUGUAUUGAACAUUAGAUAAUUUUUAAUGUUGAGACCAUCGAGGUACGAGUAUUUGAUGUAAAUAUGAUGAUUAUCCUUUAUUUUGAAUAAAUCGAUCAAUAUAGAAUACAUAACAUGAAAAUAUUUGGUUCCACAUCACAUUUAAGAUACAGUAUAAGUUUCAAGACGAAUUUGGAACAACCAUGGAUUAUUUAAUAAUUUUUUUUAGGUUUACGGCAAGUAUAUUUCACCAAUAAAAAUUCAGGAAAUGUCACACACAAACAGGAAAAAAAUUCCUGAUUGGUAAAACAUCGGUAUUUUCAUUCAGUGGAUUUUUUAAUUAAAUCAUUGCCGUUGAGGUAUUUCUUUUUGUAAUUACAGUAUCAAGAAUAGAACAUCACGAAACGUUAUGCAGUACAGGAGAGAACACAGAUAUAUCAGUUUUCAUCAACGUGAUUGUUAUCAAUUUAAAAAUAUUAUUUGCGUUUAAUUAUUUGAUUUCUGCUUGAAUUAUGGAAAAAUUUUAUGUAUUGAAAUUAUCCCAAAUUGGCAAGUCAAGAGCAUUUUGCUGAUUGUUUAUUCCUCACGACAAGUAUCAUUAUGUUUUCAUGAUUUAAUGAAUAUUUCAAUAACAAAGUGGCAUACUAAUUAAAAAAACCCCUGUCAUAACGAGAAUUUCAUGGAUUCAAGACAAUUCAUGAAUUAAUUUUUUACUUCGAAAAUUUUCAAGUCAAAUCUUCAGAUAAAUAAUUUCGGUAUCACAUAGAAAGAAUAAUUAUCAAUCCAGAAAUUUCACGAUUAUUUGUUAAUCAAUAAAUCCGUAAUUCGUUAGGGGAGAGUUAACGUUUUUUCUCCCGUACAAAAAAAAAUUCAUACCAAAAUAAUAAGCGAAAUAAUGAAAAUGGUAGAGUCAAUUCGUUCUAGUUUGCCACUUGGCUAAUGAAUUAAUUAGUCCUUUCGCCUCUGUGCUUGAUAAAUUCAAUUACUCCUUUAAUAUAAAUAUCUAGGUUGAUAUUUCAUAUAAGUAUAUUUUUAUUAAUUCAUUUUCAUAGAGCUAUAUAUAGAAAUACUGUAGGUGUAUAAUAGGAUAAGCGUACGAUUCGGACCAUGCUCUUAUGGCUGAGCGUUAUUUUCACUCCUCAAAAGUAUAUAUUUUGUGAUAUAUUCAUGUUAUGGUUAAUAACAAUAGUUAUAUUAUCUCCAUAGAACUAUAUAUUUUUUUCAACAACAAUUUUGAAAAAGACUCCAUUUGUUUAUUUUAUAUAUUUUUCAAUUUUAAUAUUAUCGUUCGAGUUAAAUUUUCAAUGACUCUUCAUCACAAAUUUUUAUCGGAUUAUUAUCAGGUGGGAGGGGCUAAUUAGGUGACGAAAAUUCACUGAACUGUUAGAUUUACUUUUAUCCGAGGGAAAACGUGGAAAUCAGGGAAAAAUCGAACUAUUGGAAAUAGAAUUUAAUUGAAAAAGCGUCAUUAUUGAUAUGUCGUGUCGAAUAUUGGUCGAAAAGUACAUUGCUGUGGUAUACGUUCAAUUUUAAUUAUUUUGCAAAUUAAAUUACGUUCAUUAUCCAUUAAUGGAUUUUGGUGCAAUUUAAGAUGCGAUUUGGAAUUUGUAGAAUUUUUUGGAAAAUCACGGUGAAUUUCAAUCGAAGGGAAAAUUUAUGAAGCUUCGAGUUUUAGAAAAUUGGAGGACAAUUGCCAUUUUCUCAGAGGAAAAAGGGGAAUUUCAGGAAAAUUGCAUAUUUCCCUCAAUUUCCGUUAGAUUUACUAUUUCCAUGCAUUUUUCCAAGAAAUAUAUGAAUUUUCAAUGGCAAAAUUCCCUGAAAUUUCAGCCUAACUUUCGCUUUUUUAUAUUUCCAACUGUGGAAAAUUCAGUAAAAAUUUUAACAGUGUAUUGGAUUGAAACUAUUCGAGAGGAUGACUCAAUGGAAAAAAAAAGUAUAUCAGACGUCAAUACCGUAAUGGAAUUAUACAAUUCCCUGAAUAAUAAACAAUGUCAACCGUAUUUUUUUUGUUUGUAAAACCCUAGCACUUGACUUUCAUUUCGAUUUCAUAACAGUAUAAUUCCGUCAGGGUAAAAUACUUUGUGCAUUUUUGCGUUGCCUUGCUCGAUCGAUUGUGAAAAUUGUUAUUAUCAUUACGAAUAAGCGGGACCUUUAGGCCUUUUGAUUAUUCAUUAUUCCCUUGAUAAAUAAAUUUUCCGUUGUUCUCUCAUCAUCAUUUGUAUUAUCUUGCCAUGUUUGAGCGGUUUAUUCUCUCCUCAUCCAUGACAUAUUGUACUGGCUCAUUUUAUUUAUUUUAAACUGUAAUUGCACGGUUUUCUAUGCACUAAAUACAUCACUCCAUUCCCUCUAAAAAAAUCCUCAAAAUUUCAUAGUCAUUUCACAGUUCUCUCACAAAUUGUCGAUCGGAUUGAGCGGAAUAAAUAUACCAUUUUUGUAUUCUAUCAUUAUUUCAUGACUCACCAAGUUUUAUCAGCGUGCAAUAAUUUUCUUGUAUUUUUUCUG